AUGACUGCCAAAGCAACAAGCUUCUGUAAUCUCCAGUAUUCUUCUGAGGUCCCCAGUUCCCACUCCCAGAUCUCAGUCCCCCAGUUCCCAUUCCCGGAUCUCAGUCCCCCAGUUCUCAUUCCCGGAUCUCAGUCCCCCAGUUCCCACUCCCAGAUCUCAGCCCCCCAGUUCCCACUCCCAGAUCUCAGUCCCCCAGUUCCCACUCCCAGAUCUCAGCCCCCCAGUUCCCACUCCCGGAUCUCAGUCCCCCAGUUCCCACUCCCGAAUCUCAGUCCCCCAGUUCCCAUUCCCGGAUCUCAGUCCCCCAGUUCCCACUCCCGGAUCUCAGCCCCCCAGUUCCCAUUCCCGGAUCUCAGUCCCCCAGUUCCCACUCCCGGAUCUCAGUCCCCCAGUUCCCACUCCCGGAUCUCAGUCCCCCAGUUCCCACUCCCGGAUCUCAGUCCCCCAGUUCCCAUUCCCGGAUCUCAGUCCCCCAGUUCCCACUCCCAGAUCUCAGCCCCCUGUUCCCACUCCCAGAUCUCAGCCCCCCAGUUCCCAUUCCCGGAUCUCAGUCCCCCAGUUCCCACUCCCGGAUCUCAGUCCCCCAGUUCCCACUCCCGGAUCUCAGUCCCCCAGUUCCCACUCCCGGAUCUCAGUCCCCCAGUUCCCAUUCCCGGAUCUCAGUCCCCCAGUUCCCAUUCCCGGAUCUCAGUCCCCCAGUUCCCACUCCCAGAUCUCAGUCCCCCAGUUCCCAUUCCCGGAUCUCAGUCCCCCAGUUCCCACUCCCAGAUCUCAGUCCCCCAGUUCCCAUUCCCAGAUCUCAGCCCCCCAGUUCCCACUCCCAGAUCUCAGUCCCCCAGUUCCCAUUCCCGGAUCUCAGUCCCCCAGUUCCCAUUCCCGGAUCUCAGUCCCCCAGUUCCCACUCCCGGAUCUCAGUCCCCCAGUUCCCACUCCCGGAUCUCAGUCCCCCAGUUCCCACUCCCAGAUCUCAGUCCCCCAGUUCCCACUCCCAGAUCUCAGUCCCCCAGUUCCCACUCCCGGAUCUCAGUCCCCCAGUUCCCAUUCCCGGAUCUCAGUCCUCCAGUUCCCAUUCCCGGAUCUCAGUCCCCCAGUUCCCACUCCCGGAUCUCAGUCCCCCAGUUCCCACUCCCAGAUCUCAGUCCCCCAGUUCCCACUUCCAGAUCUCAGUCCCCCAGUUCCCAUUCCCGGAUCUCAGUCCCCCAGUUCCCACUCCCGGAUCUCAGUCCCCCAGUUCCCACUCCCGGAUCUCAGUCCCCCAGUUCCCAUUCCCGGAUCUUAGUCCCCCAGUUCCCACUCCCGGAUCUCAGUCCCCUAGUUCCCACUCCCGGAUCUCAGUCCCCCAGUUCCCACUCCCGGAUCUCAGUCCCCCAGUUCCCACUCCCGGAUCUCAGUCCCCCAGUUCCCACUCCCAGAUCUCAGUCCCCCAGUUCCCACUCCCGGAUCUCAGUCCCCCAGUUCCCACUCCCAGAUCUCAGUCCCCCAGUUCCCACUCCCAGAUCUCAGUCCCCCAGUUCCCACUACCAUAUCUCAGCCCCCCAGUUCCCACUCCCAGAUCUCAGUCCCCCAGUUCCCACUCCCAGAUCUCAGUCCCCCAGUUCCCAUUCCCGGAUCUCAGUCCCCCAGUUCCCACUCCCAGAUCUCAGUCCCCCAGUUCCCAUUCCCAGAUCUCAGCCCCCAGUUGACACUCCCGGAUCUCAGUCCCCCAGUUCCCAUCUGUGA